CUCCCCUCCUCUCCCUUCCCCUCCCUUCCCCUCCUUUCUCCUCCCCACCUUUAUUCAGCUUCCGGUAGAGGCUGGUAGGGUAAGGGAGCUCAGUAAGUCACUUCUGUGCGACUGUUGUUUUAUUUCCGGUCUAUGGGACCCGGCUGCGAUUUGCUGCUGCGGGCAGCAGGUACCAUCACUGCUGCCGCCAUCAUGUCAGACACGGACAGCGACGAAGAUUCCGCCGGAGGCGGCCCAUUUUCUUUAGCGGGUUUCCUCUUCGGCAACAUCAAUGGAGCCGGGCAGCUGGAGGGGGAAAGCGUCUUGGAUGAUGAGUGUAAGAAGCACUUGGCAGGCUUGGGGGCUUUGGGGCUGGGCAGCCUGAUCACUGAACUCACGGCAAAUGAAGAAUUGACCGGGACUGACGGUGCCUUGGUAAAUGAUGAAGGGUGGAUUAGGAGUACAGAAGAUGCUGUGGACUAUUCAGACAUCAACGAGGUGGCAGAAGACGAAAGCCGAAGAUACCAGCAGACAAUGGGGAGCUUGCAGCCCCUUUGCCACUCAGAUUAUGAUGAAGAUGACUAUGAUGCUGAUUGUGAAGACAUUGAUUGCAAGUUGAUGCCUCCUCCACCUCCACCCCCGGGACCAAUGAAGAAGGAUAAGGACCAGGAUGCUGUUACUGGUGUGUCUGAAAAUGGAGAAGGCAUCAUCUUGCCCUCCAUCAUUGCCCCUUCCUCUUUGGCCUCAGAGAAAGUGGACUUCAGUAGUUCCUCUGACUCAGAAUCUGAGAUGGGAUCUCAGGAAGCAACACAGGCAGAAUCUGAGGAUGGAAAGCUGACCCUUCCAUUGGCUGGGAUUAUGCAACAUGAUGCCACCAAGCUGUUGCCAAGUGUCACAGAACUGUUUCCAGAAUUUCGACCUGGAAAGGUGUUACGCUUCCUACGUCUUUUUGGACCAGGGAAGAAUGUCCCAUCUGUUUGGCGGAGUGCUCGGAGAAAGAGGAAGAAGAAGCACCGUGAGCUGAUACAAGAAGAGCAGAUCCAGGAGGUGGAAUGCUCAGUAGAAUCAGAAGUCAGCCAGAAGUCUUUGUGGAACUACGACUACGCUCCACCACCACCUCCAGAGCAGUGUCUCUCUGAUGAUGAAAUCACAAUGAUGGCUCCUGUGGAGUCCAAAUUUUCUCAGUCAACUGGAGAUAUAGAUAAAGUGACAGAUACCAAGCCAAGAGUGGCUGAGUGGCGUUACGGGCCUGCCCGACUGUGGUACGAUAUGCUGGGUGUCCCUGAAGAUGGCAGUGGGUUUGACUAUGGCUUCAAACUGAGAAAGACAGAACAUGAACCUGUGAUAAAAUCUAGAACGAUAGAGGAAUUUAGGAAACUUGAGGAAAACAAUGGCACUGAUCUUCUGGCUGAUGAAAACUUCCUGAUGGUGACACAGCUGCAUUGGGAGGAUGAUAUCAUCUGGGAUGGGGAGGAUGUCAAACACAAAGGGACAAAACCUCAGCGUGCAAGCCUAGCAGGCUGGCUUCCUUCUAGCAUGACUAGGAAUGCGAUGGCUUACAAUGUUCAGCAAGGUUUUGCAGCCACCCUUGAUGAUGACAAACCUUGGUACUCCAUUUUUCCCAUUGACAAUGAGGAUCUGGUGUAUGGACGCUGGGAGGACAAUAUCAUUUGGGAUGCUCAGGCCAUGCCCCGGCUGUUGGAACCUCCUGUUUUGACACUUGAUCCCAAUGAUGAGAACCUCAUUUUGGAAAUUCCUGAUGAGAAGGAAGAGGCCACCUCUAACUCCCCCUCCAAGGAGAGUAAGAAGGAAUCAUCUCUGAAGAAGAGUCGAAUUCUCUUAGGGAAAACAGGAGUCAUCAAGGAGGAACCACAGCAGAACAUGUCUCAGCCAGAAGUGAAAGAUCCAUGGAAUCUCUCCAAUGAUGAGUAUUAUUACCCCAAGCAACAGGGUCUUCGAGGCACCUUUGGAGGGAAUAUUAUCCAGCAUUCAAUUCCUGCUGUGGAAUUACGGCAGCCCUUCUUUCCCACCCACAUGGGGCCCAUCAAACUCCGGCAGUUCCAUCGCCCACCUCUGAAAAAGUACUCAUUUGGUGCACUCUCUCAGCCAGGUCCCCACUCAGUCCAACCUUUGCUAAAGCACAUCAAAAAAAAGGCCAAGAUGAGAGAACAAGAGAGGCAAGCUUCAGGUGGUGGAGAGAUGUUUUUUAUGCGCACACCUCAGGACCUCACAGGCAAAGAUGGAGAUCUUAUUCUUGCAGAAUAUAGUGAGGAAAAUGGACCCUUAAUGAUGCAGGUUGGCAUGGCAACCAAGAUAAAGAACUAUUAUAAACGGAAACCUGGAAAAGAUCCUGGAGCACCAGAUUGUAAAUAUGGGGAAACUGUUUACUGCCAUACAUCUCCUUUCCUGGGCUCUCUCCAUCCUGGCCAAUUACUGCAGGCAUUUGAGAACAACCUUUUUCGUGCUCCAAUUUAUCUUCAUAAGAUGCCAGAAACUGAUUUCCUGAUCAUUCGGACAAGACAGGGAUACUAUAUUCGGGAAUUAGUGGAUAUUUUUGUGGUUGGCCAGCAGUGUCCCUUGUUUGAAGUUCCUGGGCCUAACUCCAAAAGGGCCAAUACACAUAUUCGAGACUUUCUACAGGUUUUUAUUUACCGCCUUUUCUGGAAAAGUAAAGAUCGGCCACGGAGGAUACGAAUGGAAGAUAUAAAAAAAGCCUUUCCUUCCCAUUCAGAAAGCAGCAUCCGGAAGAGGCUAAAGCUCUGCGCGGACUUCAAACGCACAGGGAUGGACUCAAACUGGUGGGUGCUUAAGUCUGAUUUUCGUUUACCAACGGAAGAAGAGAUCAGAGCUAUGGUGUCACCAGAGCAGUGCUGUGCUUAUUAUAGCAUGAUAGCUGCAGAGCAACGACUGAAGGAUGCUGGCUAUGGUGAGAAAUCCUUUUUUGCUCCAGAAGAAGAAAAUGAGGAAGAUUUCCAGAUGAAGAUUGAUGAUGAAGUUCGCACUGCUCCUUGGAACACCACAAGGGCCUUCAUUGCUGCCAUGAAGGGCAAGUGUCUCCUAGAGGUGACUGGGGUGGCAGAUCCCACAGGGUGUGGUGAAGGAUUCUCCUAUGUGAAGAUUCCAAACAAACCAACACAGCAGAAGGAUGAUAAAGAACCGCAGCCAGUGAAGAAGACAGUGACAGGAACAGAUGCAGACCUUCGUCGCCUUUCCCUGAAAAAUGCCAAGCAACUUCUACGUAAAUUUGGUGUGCCUGAGGAAGAGAUUAAAAAGUUGUCCCGCUGGGAAGUGAUUGAUGUGGUGCGCACAAUGUCAACAGAACAGGCUCGUUCUGGAGAGGGGCCCAUGAGUAAAUUUGCCCGCGGAUCAAGGUUUUCUGUGGCUGAGCAUCAAGAGCGUUACAAAGAGGAAUGUCAGCGCAUCUUUGACCUACAGAACAAGGUUCUGUCAUCAACUGAAGUUUUAUCAACUGACACAGACAGCAGCUCAGCUGAAGAUAGUGACUUCGAAGAAAUGGGAAAGAACAUUGAGAACAUGUUGCAGAACAAGAAAACCAGCUCUCAGCUGUCACGUGAACGGGAGGAGCAGGAGCGGAAGGAACUACAGCGAAUGCUACUGGCAGCAGGCUCAGCAGCAUCAGGAAACAAUCACAGAGAUGAUGACACAGCUUCCGUGACUAGCCUUAACUCUUCUGCCACUGGGCGCUGUCUCAAGAUUUAUCGCACGUUUCGAGAUGAAGAAGGGAAAGAGUAUGUUCGCUGUGAGACAGUCCGAAAACCAGCUGUCAUUGAUGCCUAUGUGCGCAUACGGACUACAAAAGAUGAGGAAUUCAUUCGAAAAUUUGCCCUUUUUGAUGAACAACAUCGGGAAGAGAUGCGAAAAGAACGGCGGAGGAUUCAAGAGCAACUGAGGCGGCUUAAGCGGAACCAGGAAAAGGAGAAGCUUAAGGGUCCUCCUGAGAAGAAGCCCAAGAAAAUGAAGGAGCGUCCUGACCUAAAACUGAAAUGUGGAGCAUGUGGUGCCAUUGGACACAUGAGAACUAACAAAUUCUGCCCCCUCUAUUAUCAAACAAAUGCGCCACCUUCCAACCCUGUUGCCAUGACAGAAGAGCAGGAGGAGGAGUUGGAAAAGACAGUCAUUCAUAAUGAUAAUGAAGAACUUAUCAAGGUCGAAGGGACCAAAAUUGUCUUGGGGAAACAGCUAAUUGAGAGUGCGGAUGAGGUUCGCAGAAAAUCUCUGGUUCUCAAAUUUCCUAAACAGCAACUUCCUCCAAAGAAGAAACGGAGAGUUGGAACCACUGUUCAUUGUGACUAUUUGAAUAGACCUCAUAAGUCCAUCCACCGGCGCCGCACAGAUCCUAUGGUGACGCUGUCAUCCAUCUUGGAGUCUAUCAUCAAUGACAUGAGAGAUCUUCCGAAUACAUACCCUUUCCACACUCCAGUCAAUGCAAAGGUUGUAAAGGACUACUACAAAAUCAUCACUCGGCCAAUGGACCUACAAACUCUCCGCGAAAAUGUGCGUAAACGCCUCUACCCAUCUCGGGAAGAGUUCAGAGAGCAUCUGGAGCUAAUUGUGAAAAAUAGUGCAACCUACAAUGGGCCAAAACACUCAUUGACUCAGAUCUCUCAAUCCAUGCUGGAUCUCUGUGAUGAAAAACUCAAAGAGAAAGAAGAUAAAUUAGCUCGCUUAGAGAAAGCUAUCAACCCCUUGCUGGAUGAUGAUGACCAAGUGGCCUUUUCUUUCAUUCUGGACAACAUAGUCACCCAGAAAAUGAUGGCAGUUCCAGAUUCUUGGCCAUUUCAUCACCCAGUUAAUAAGAAAUUUGUUCCAGAUUAUUACAAAGUGAUUGUCAAUCCAAUGGAUUUAGAGACUAUACGUAAGAAUAUCUCGAAGCACAAGUAUCAGAGUCGGGAGAGCUUUCUAGAUGAUGUAAACCUUAUUCUGGCCAACAGUGUUAAGUAUAAUGGACCUGAGAGUCAGUAUACUAAGACUGCCCAGGAGAUUGUGAACGUCUGUUACCAGACAUUGACUGAGUAUGAUGAGCAUUUGACUCAACUUGAGAAGGAUAUCUGUACAGCUAAAGAAGCAGCUUUGGAGGAAGCAGAAUUAGAAAGCCUGGACCCAAUGACCCCAGGGCCCUACACACCUCAGGCUAAGCCUCCUGAUUUGUAUGAUACCAACACAUCCCUCAGUAUGUCUCGAGAUGCCUCUGUAUUUCAAGAUGAGAGCAAUAUGUCUGUCUUGGAUAUUCCCACUGCCACUCCAGAAAAGCAAGUAACACAGAUGCGCCAGGGCCGAGGUAGGCUGGGCGAGGAAGACUCUGAUGUAGAUAUUGAAGGGUAUGAUGAUGAGGAGGAGGAUGGGAAACCUAAGACUCCAGCCCCAGAAGGUGAAGAUGGAGAUGGUGAUCUUGCAGAUGAAGAGGAAGGAACUGUACAACAGCCUCAAGCCAGUGUCCUGUAUGAGGAUUUGCUUAUGUCUGAAGGAGAAGAUGAUGAGGAAGAUGCUGGGAGUGAUGAAGAAGGAGACAAUCCAUUCUCUGCUAUCCAGCUGAGUGAAAGUGGAAGUGACUCUGAUGUGGGAUCUGGUGGAAUAAGACCCAAACAACCCCGCAUGCUUCAGGAGAACACAAGGAUGGACAUGGAAAAUGAAGAAAGCAUGAUGUCCUAUGAGGGAGACGGUGGGGAGGCUUCCCAUGGUUUGGAGGAUAGCAACAUCAGUUAUGGGAGCUAUGAGGAGCCUGAUCCCAAGUCGAACACCCAAGACACAAGCUUCAGCAGCAUCGGUGGGUAUGAGGUAUCAGAGGAGGAAGAAGAUGAGGAGGAGGAAGAGCAGCGCUCUGGGCCGAGCGUACUAAGCCAGGUCCACCUGUCAGAGGACGAGGAGGACAGUGAGGAUUUCCACUCCAUUGCUGGGGACAGUGACUUGGACUCUGAUGAAUGAGGCUUCCUUUGGGCCUCCUUGGUCAGCCUUCCCUGUUCUCCAGCCUAGGUGGUUCACCUUUCCCCAAUUUGUUCAUAUUUGUACAGUAUCUGAUCCUGAAAUCAUGAAAUUAACUAACACCUUAGCCUUUUUAAAAGUAGUAAGUAAAUGAUAACAAAUCACCACUCCUUAUCUUCCUGGGGCAGUGUCACCCUUUGAUUUAAAACAAAGCAACCCCCUUUCCCCUACCACUACCAAAAAGAGCAAGCUCAUUUUCCCGUGUCCUCCUUUAACUCCAUGUGUUGCUUUUGGUAUAAUUUUUCCCUGGGGAAGGAGGGGAAAUUAUGAAAGAACUAGUAACUUUAUGUCCUCUUGAUGUAUUAGGAAAUUUCCGGCCGGGCGUGGUGGCUCACACCUGUAAUCUCAGCACUCUGGGAGGCCGAGGCAAGCGGAUCACCUGAGGUCAGAAGUUCGAGACCAGCUUGGCCAACAUGGCGAAACCUCAUCUCUACUAAAAAUACAAAAAUUAGCCAGGCGUGGUGGCGGGCACCUGUAAUCCCAGCUACUUGGGAGGCUGAGGCAGGAGAAUCGCUUGAACCCGGGAGGCAGAGUUUGCAGUGAGUGGAGAUCCCACCACUGCACUCCAGCCUGGGUGAAAGAGUGAGAUUCCAUCUCAAAAAAAAAAAAAAAAAGAAAAAAAAAAGAAAAUUUCCAAGCAUGGUAUUAUCUCACUUUUCUAAUUUACAGGCUGGAACAGAUGAAAGCCCUCCUGCUGGGACAGAGAAUUGGGUUCUAGUGGACUCUGUGCUACACUUAAACCUGUGAGACAAACCGCCCAUUAUUUUAUUUAUUUAAUUAUGCAAUGCCUAGUUCCUAAAUGGAUUUGAGGCAAAUUACCGUAAAUUUUGAAACAGCCUGUAUGUCAGAAAUGAUAAUGUUGCCACCUAAAUGUUUUCUGUCCCUCCCCCCCAGGGGAAAUGAUAGGAAAAUGGUAAGUUUCUUAGGACAAAGACUGUGUCUUCUGUUUCUUUUCAUGCUUAGGAUAUGGUUCUGUGCAUAGUAGGUACUCAGUAAAUGUUCCUAGAAUCAUAAAGUCCUCAACAGAUAUGUUACUGAGCAUCUGCUUUUCAUGAUAAGCACUCUAUCAGAUCCUUGGGAUGCAAAGGUAAAUAAGACAAAUCCCUUUUACCCAAAGAGCUCACCAUCAAGUUGGGGGAGGGGAAGUGGAAUUCAAAACAUGUUAAUAAAUCAUCAUAGUACUGUGAGAUAAGUGCAAUUAAGAAGCUAGUUAUAAAGUAUAGGGGAAAUAGAGGAGUAAUCAUGUCUGAAAAGUCAGGGAAGUCUUCCUAGAGGUAAUUUUUAAGCUGAGUGUUUUAGAAUUAGUAGAAGCUUGCCAGAUGGAAAAGUCCAGGCAAAGUGUAACAUGAAUGGGAAAGGCCACAGUCUAGAAAUGGCAGAGUGUGUUCCUAGUUUGUUUGUUUGUUUGUUUGUACCUGCCUUGUUCCAGGAAGGAUUUAAGGUAGUUUAUAUUCCAGUCCUUUAAUGCUGGAAUGGCUAGAGAUGAGACUGAAAGAUGGGCAGGAAGUAUAUCAUCACAAGCUUUGUGUUUGAUGUUAAUGUGUAUGAUUUUUAUAUUAUGGGAAAUAAGCUCUUAAAGGAGUGAUAUAAUCAGGUUUGUGUUUUAGAAAUCUGUGUAAUGAAUGAAUGAAGAAAGAAAUUGAAGAAUCAUGUAACAGAUAUAUGUGAUCCCAUUUUUUGUAAAAGACAGAACCAUGUGUGUUUAUUUAUAUGUGUUUAUAUAUAUACUUGUGUACGCAAAGGUAAAAGUCUGAAAGGAUAUAUGCUAACUGUUCACAAUGAUGACCCCCAGGAAUGGGAUUGGAGGGGAGGGGGCUUCUGUGUUUGUUAUGUAUGCUGGGUGGGAUAUUGUGCUUUUAUUUCUGUAUUGUUUGAAUUUUUUUAUAAGUGUGUAUUAUUUUUGUAAUAAAUUUUUUUAAAAAUUCCA